AUGGAAUUCGGCGGCCACCUCACCUUCGACCACGGCAUGGACGACGAGAUUGACGAGCCUGGGCUGUUUGCCGACGCGGCGGACGACGAAUUCUCCCUUCAUCCCACCCAGACGACCGUCCACCCGCCGAGCACACAACAAGCGGGACCGCACCCGGGACCACAGGCGGGCACCAGCAAUCCAUCGGGCUUCAGCAAGGGCGUCCUUCGCCGUCGAGAGCUGACGUCGCGACCCGAUGCCGGCGGCACUGCGCCACGUCGACUGACCAGCCCCACCAACCGCCGCAGCGUGGGAUCAGGAGUCUCCAAGUCGCGCCCGACCCCGCCGACUGCGACCGUCCCCACCUCGGGAUCGCUGAGGCGCUCUCUCCAGGAGACUCUCCACCGGGCCUCGUCGAUCCAGAUGCUGGAGACGUCCGAAGACCGAAUGAGCCAGAUCGAGGUGAACUCGCAGCGUACGCAGGACGAACUCCGCGUGUGUUUGAGCGAGGUGAACGGGGCGCUGGAAUUUGCCGAGUCGUUCAACCAGCAGAUGGGGGAACGGUCGUGA